GGCACGUACCCCAGACACAGGGCAAAGUGCAUCUGUAUGUAUGUAUGUAUGUAUGUAUUGUAGCUGUACGUGAUAAGUACCUCCUGACACAGACAAUUUUGCUUCGUUUAAAGAUAUUCCAAACCCGAAGUAGGCCGCAAGGUAAAAAACCUUUUCUGUGCCUGCAGUUGCAGGGACGGGGAGGAAGAUUGAAAAAAGUGUAGUCGCAUCAGCGACGUGGCGUACUCUUCCAUUGAGCACGAAAAUGCUGCAGUUGCAGGUCUCCUCUGAAGACCGCAGCUACGAUCGGUUGAAGCUGUCGGUGACGGUGGUGGUCGUCGUCUUAUCGUCGGGCUGCAUACAAUUGACAGCACCAGAAGCUGACCAUGUUGGUGUAAAAUAAAGGCGUACUUCUAAACACGACACAAAAUUCGGUAGUAUUUGCAUUUCACAGCCUCAAGACAUCUAUGCGCAACGACUAGGUAUACCCGGCCAGAGUGUGCUGACCGAGCAAACGAAAACUCGGUUUCAAAAAUUUGGAUUUCGGAUUUCUGUUGCAGAAAAAGAACACAGUGUCGGUGGAUGGUUGUGCGAGUAAUCGUAGAGUCUUGAUAGUCCCAUCAGAAGUGUGGAGUCCUGCAUGAAACGAAAGGCCAUCGUUCUUCCGGGGCAGUCAUCGAUACCAAACAACAUACGUGGCUGUGAUGAUCCGCAAUGCUAUAUCAAGCGUAAUUUGCUGCGCUAUCAAGAUCAAGCAUGGUUGAUACGGUUUAAAGAUAAGAAAUUAUCCUCCGUCCGAACUGCUGCAGUGGUUUUCCUUUGAAGUUGUAACAGCCUACAGCCUCUGCGUCCACCUCUAGGGGGCAAAGUAGACCCGCCGCUCAAGAAUAAUAAACAACCAAGGAACCUAGUAGUACUUCUAAACCGACUAGAAACCAAUACUUUUACUGCUAUCGUCCCUAAGUAAAACAAGAAGAACCGGCACUACAACGAAGACGAACUCAGUAGAAAAUUAACUUUUACAAACUUUUUCUUGUUCUCUUUCUACAAUUUCAUCAAUACAACACGACCGACCCUGUUCCUGAAGUAGAGGAUCCGCGAACAAAGAGGGACAAAAAAAACGAAAUUUCUUUUUCCGGAAGAACAGGGAACAGCAACUUUUCGCAAGAAUAAAAUAUCAAGCGACAUCAAGAAUGACGCGGUCCUCUGCCUCGACCUGUCCUCGCCGCGGGCUGCGGAGGCUCGGUGCGCCGGCUGGUUUGCUUCUCGGCACCAGCAGCCAGACGGAGGUCGGGUGGAGUUUCUGUGAGGCCGUUUCGUUUGGUAAGAAGAAAGUGCAGGUCGGUGCUGGGAGCAGCACGAACCGCGCGGGCUCGGGCUCUCCCGCCGAGGGGCGCAGGGCUUCCACACAUAACGCCGAUUCCCCGCCACCGGGUCCGCGUCCGCGUGCCGUGGACAACUGGGCCUUCGAUUCUCCGCCACAGAAGGCCGCCGCGCGUCCAAAUUCACCGCCUCCCGGACCCAGGGGAGCAGCUGGUAUUGGCGAUCUUUCACCGGGCUCUCCGCCUCCCGGCCCACGCGCCGCAGCAAGAAGUGCCUUUACCCCGCCUGCCUCAACGCAAGGAGCACGAGUGCCCGUCACUAGUGGCGGAGGGCGCGGUCGGCAGCGGCAGCGCGGCCUCCUCACAGAAGGUGGUUUUCCAAAUGAGUUAGGUAUCCAAAUGGAAAAACUAGAAAAAACGCACGCCCAUUGGCGAGCCAACAUUGGUAUACUUAUGCAUGAGAAGUAGUUCAUAAAUAUUUGACUUCUACCACCCGCAUACGCAUUGUAUCAUGUUAUGCUUAUGGCCAUCAGAGUACACAAUUGCCUCCACCUCUAGCACUAGAUGGUAGCCAUUUAUUGCUGUUACUACUGUGCACGACCUUGCCUGGCCCUGGAAAGAGGGCGACAGCCUUUUUUGUGUGGCGUUACUUCUGAUGUGUGAAAUAUAGAAUCUUGAGGGUGGCUGCAGUACAGAGAAGGCAGUUUUUUCUAUUUUAGAUCUAGCGUUGGCAGAAAUUCUUUCUCUAAUGCGUGAGCAAAGGCGUGAAUGUGAACUACAGAAGGCGUCUGCAGAUUACAGAAAAAACGAUAUAGCUGAUCUAGGUGGGUGCGUUUGAGUUCAGCAUAUCGGACACGGGAUCUCUUGACGAGGAUGAAUUUUACAGGACCCAGAUGUACAAAUCGAAAAUUUGUCAAUGUCGGCAAUUAGAUUUAGAUGCUAUUGCCAUGCAUGAUCUUUUUCGUGGCUCAUUCAUUUUGUCGCAGGUUGCCUGACAGACCACACCCACGGCCGCCGUGGCAAUUGUAAGCGUUUUCUCUGUUUAUAUAUUUCGAAAGCUAAUAUGUGUUGCCGCCUGGGUAAUAUCUCUGUAAGUGUAUAGAAGUACGAGAACCACGCGGCCUCUCUGUGGGGGAUGAGCCUAUGCCCUUGCGGAGAUGAGGGUGGGCAUAUGUAUUGGAUCUACAUCAAAACCACCCUCGCUCUGCUUUACGCAGCUACCCUGCCGGCCCAGCUCAACUCCAGAGAGGUUUCUUGGAUGUUGCUGCUGCUGCUGCUGCAAAGCGGCAGCGCGGGUGGUGGUCGGCCGUAUUUCAUGCAAAAGCUUUAUUGGUGCUGACAUUUGCCUUUGUGGUGCAUAACAUUUAUAACAUCGCCGGGGAUGAUACCCAACACAGCCGCAUGCGCCUUGUCUACAACCUACGCUGCGUAUGAAUCAUCCCAGCAGCACGCAUCAAGGGCACAUCAAAGAGUCUGAAGUACGCCCGCAAGUUAGAGUUUGCUUGGAUAAACAAAAAGCGCCUGCACUCGCAAACCGUUUUUGUUGCCUGUAAAGUGCAUCGGCCGCGAAGGGUGUCAACAAACGUAGCGAUAGGCAUUCGAGCACUUCUUGUUAUACUCUCUUUGCCCUAACACUUAUCCAUUACAGUUCCUGCUCUUCCUCAAUGAUUAUAUGCAUUUGAUACAACGGAAUCGUCCGUGCAGAACUCAAAGUACGAAAUUUCUAUGAUCUGGAGCCGCCGAGGCCGAGAAAAUAGAAGUAUUAGAUGCGCGUGCAAAUAAAGCCGAAGGCGAUUGAUGUGCCUUUUCUUCAGCUCCGCUGAAGAAAUUGUCUAUUAGCUGGUAAUGGGUACUCUGGGAUGUUGUUUUUUUCCAAGCGAUGCCAAACUUAUUUUGCGAAUGCGAACGCGUACGCUUUUGGGCAAUUGGAUUUGGAACCCUACCUCAGAGAUCAUAACUUCGCCCCGCCUGAUUUUGAACCGGACGCCGUCCGAAUCCAAAUCGCGAACGUUCGCGCAUUGCAGAGUGCCGGAAGAAACCUCGGAGUGCAGGAAGAAACCCCGGGGGAGCAUCGAGAGGAAGAAACCUUGGAACAACAGCAGCAAACGCGCGAGCGAGGACUCGAGAGGGACUACGUAGUGCUGCGCGAUCUCUACACCGCCUUCACUACUUGGUUUCCGUCGAUUGACACGCGUACGUGGCGGGACCAGACAGUUCUGUAACCCAUGCGACAAGGUGUGUGUUCCUUAACGCUGUACCAACUGGCGCAGAAUAGAAUGUUGGCCAAUUGUUGACGAUAUUGGGACGGACAGGGUUUUUGAAAAAGCAGCGCUCCCUUUCGAGAGCACGCGCGGGCAUUGCGGGAGCCAGAGCUCGUUUUGGCAUUGCAAAUUAGGCCCACCGUUGUGCCCCGCAGCGCACUCCCAUGGUUCCCCGCGAUAGAGCUCGCCUUGGUGUGGCACCAAAACAAGCUACGCCCAUACGGCGGCACAGCUCUGGAGAGAGCUUUGAGUGGCCUGGUGUGGGUUUUGGAAUGAAGAUCGUCAAGUUGGAAUUGCGGUCAGCG